ACAAUUGAUGUUAGAAAAAAAUAUACAGAGAAAUGAGACUCUUUUCUCUCUCUCUCUCCAAGCAUUUGUGUUCAGUGUAUAGUUAUUGAAAAUACAGAGCUUUUUUAGAUCUCUGUUUACAUCAUUUUUUUGAAGGGACAAGGAUGGAUUUCAAAAUGACUGAAUCAGACUGAACUCGAUAGAGCUCAGAAAUUUCCGGUUCAGUGUGAUGUAUGAUGCUCCAGGCAUAGUCAGCAAGGUGUUUGGCUUUCGAAAGAUGGUUCAGAUCAAGGUUUUAUGUGUAAGCCAUUUACCUUUGAAGUUCUGGGUGCUUGCUGAUUAGUCUACUUAUUUCCAAGGCCAUAGGUGAUGGGUUCAUUUCGUGGUAAUUGUGAAAUUGUUGAGUCGAAGGAUGAGGUUGAUGUGUUCCUGCAUUCCAGAAAUUUAAAUCAAGCACACGAGCCUGACAGAAAGCAGAAGCCUCCUUUGGCUAGAAAAGGAACGGGUAAAUACUUAGGAGGUGAUAUCAAUCAGCUUUUCGAAUCAAUCAACGUAAGAACUUCAAAGAGUCUGGAUUUGACAGAUCAUGUUAGAAGAGAUGCCUCAAAAAGGCCAAUGCGGGGUGGUGGAUCAAACUCUCCGGUAACUGGGUUUUCUGAUCCAGUUUCUCUAAAGCAGGCAUUUCGGGGUCUAUGCAUAUCUCAGGCAGCAGAAAUGGCUGCAAUGAAGCGAUUAUCAAAGCCACCUGGUUCUCCUAGUGUUUUAGAACCUGGAAGAAUUACCUGUUCCUCCCGAUUUGCAGGUCCUAGUGAUUCUGGUUUUCUUAGAUCAGAAAGACUAGUACAAGAUGAAGGCAUUUCAGGAGGUCUCCACAAGCCGUUGCAUAAUCCCCAUGAACGGUAUGUUAAGUCAGCAAACCAUAGUCCCCGUUCUUCUCCUCGAUUUGCCAUUAAGCCAUUUAGCACGAGUCAGAAUGGGAGAAUAGUGCCAGCAGAGAGCACAUCCAGCAUUGUGCCUCAGCACAUCCAAGAGUACAGGUUAAAGUCACCAGGUCAAAGUGCCCUUUCUUCUCCACGAUAUGCUAGUAACCCGAGUGUUAAGAGUACAGAGUCCAUAUCCAGACAAUCUGACAGAAUAUUGCCAGCAGAAAAUGUACCAGGCUCCCGUAAAAAAGAUUUUCUACAGCCUCCAGAAGCCAAGAUAAGGUCAACCAGCCAAAGUUGUCUCUCUUCACCUCGAAUUGGUGGUAAAUCAGUAAUUAAGCAAGAAGAAUCUCUUGUAGCACAAAAUGAGAGGACAGGAGGUGCACAAAGCAUUUCUGGCUCAUCCAACAUGAUGCCUGAGUUUUGCAAAGAGCCCAUGAAGUCCUCAAAACAAGGUGCCAUUUCUUCUCCUAGGUUGGUAGCUGCACAGGCUUUACAGGUCACCACUUCCAGUCUCCAGGAGAAUGAGAAUGCACACACAUCAAAUCAUCAUGAGAUCAAACCACUAGGAACUGCAUCAACCAAGGAAAAAACCCAAACUUCAGUUCCUCCCUCAUCUUCAUGUGAGUCUGGUAAUGUUGUAUUGGUGUCUGGACCAAAAAGAGCGCCGGAUAAUCAGAAGAGAAAUGUGGUGACAGCAUUUAGAGUAGCAAACAGAACAGCUCUAAAGCUGAGACGGAAAGGCAGGUCGCAGACAGUGCCUUUGUCAAAUGUCGUAAGAGGAAGCAAGGAGACUAAAUCGACAAAAAGCACCAGUCGUGCCAUCAAGCCUCCAGCCAAACACAAAUAUCUUGUCAAGAAGAAAUUGAAAGAGGAGGCAGCACUAGCAGCUGGCACUUUUAACCUAUGCUAUGAAAUAAAUGGUCCCGCAGAAUCGCCUAGUCAACUUAUCUGCCAGAGAUGUCAGUGCACUCUCGAGGGUGUGGGGAAGGAAUCUAGUGUGGAAACUGCAAAGCAAAUCUCUGGAUGUAUGACUGUUGGAGCCAGUGAAAAUAGCAUUAGCUGUCCUGCUAAUGGCUAUGUCAAUAGUGGUCCUCCUGUCUUGAAAUUCAACAAGACAUCAAAAUCUAGGGAGCAAGGGGAAUUCUCUCAGAGCUCAAAGAGUAGUAUUGGUGAUUAUAGUACUAGCACAACCAUCAGUGAAGAGAGCAACCUAAGCGGCUCGUUUUCUGGGAACAGACCUCACAUGUCUAAAGAUGGUAGGUGGGAGGCUAUUAAUCAGGUGAGGAAACACUAUGGAUUCUUAGGAUUAAGUCACUUCAAUUUAUUGAAGAAGCUUGGUUGUGGAGACAUUGGCACGGUGUAUCUUGCUGAGCUGCUAGAAACUAAUUGCUUAUUUGCAAUAAAAGUUAUGGAUAACGAAUAUCUGGCAAGAAGGAAAAAGUUGCCGAGGGCCCAAACCGAAAGAGAGAUUCUGCGGAUCCUGGAUCAUCCUUUUCUGCCAACACUCUAUGCUCAGUUUACUUCAGAUAAUUUAUCAUGUUUGGUUAUGGAAUUCUGUUCAGGUGGCGAUUUACAUGUUCUCCGUCAGAAGCAGCCAGGUCGAUAUUUUUCUGAGCCGGCAGCUAGGUUUUAUGUUGCUGAGGUCCUCCUUGCUUUGGAGUAUUUGCAUAUGCUAGGAGUUGUAUACCGUGAUUUGAAACCAGAAAACAUUCUGGUCCGUGAAGAUGGUCACAUCAUGCUAACUGAUUUUGACCUGUCACUCAGAUGUUCAGUUAAUCCCACUCUUCUACAAUCAUCCUCAUUGGGAAUGGAAGCCCCACGGAUCUCUGGUCCAUGUGCAGGAUCCAACUGCAUUGAUCCUUUUUGUGCAGGACCAUCAUGUCAAGUUUCUUGCUUUAGCCCCCGAGUUUUACCUGGCACUGCAAGAGCAAGAAGGCAAAAAGCUGAUGCUGCUGCAUCUCUUAACAGGUCAUUGCCUCAGCUUGUCGUAGAGCCAACAGAAGCUCGGUCCAAUUCAUUCGUUGGUACACAUGAAUACUUGGCUCCUGAGAUCAUCAAAGGUGAGGGCCACGGGAGUGCUGUUGAUUGGUGGACACUAGGUGUUUUCCUUUACGAGCUUCUAUAUGGUAAGACACCCUUUAAAGGUGCUGGAAAUGAAGAAACUUUGGCCAACGUCGUCAUGCAGAACCUCAGAUUCCCCGACAGCCAGAUCGUGAGUUUUCAAGCAAGGGAUCUCAUCAGAGGGCUGUUAGUAAAAGACCCCGAGAAUCGGUUGGGAACAGAGACAGGAGCUGCUGAGAUAAAGAGACACCCUUUCUUUGAUGGCCUGAAUUGGGCACUGAUACGCUGCGCGGUUCCACCUCAAGUACCUGGAGUAACAAAAGUAGCACUUGAAGAAAAGAGCAAAAAGUUUUUGGAGUAUGGUUCAACAGGAGAGAAUCUAGAAUUCGAGCUGUUCUAGCAGAACUGAUGUUUCUAUUCGAGCGAGAGGCCAAACAGGUGAGGCAAGAUGAUCUUGAUCGAAAGUUCCACUGUUCUGAAUAGCGAGAAAGAAUGAAAUUCGAUCAAAUUUGCUGUCUAGUUAUGACUUAUGAUGUAUUCAUUAUUCCCACCCCUUGUUGAUACUGAUGUCUAAAUGAUAAUAUAGAUUUGCAAAGAACAAGGGGAACUAUACCAUCAACAUAAAAUUUUGCUCAUUGAAAUGCAUGGUGGAUGCUGUAGUUAUAUAUA